GCUGAGGAGGGUGGCGUGGUCGACCGCGAAAUGGAUCAGGGCGAAAGUCGCGGAAGACGAGCGACGAUGUCGGCCGACGACACUUGCGUCAAAAUCUCCGCGAACAGAUAUUAACUCGGGCCCGAGGAAGUCGGCCAGCGAAGGUGCCGCGAACGGAAGAUUCGUAUCUACCGAUCUACUCGUGACGGCGGAUCAUGGUACAUUAUUUAAGGAGAUGAUAACCGUCAGACAUUGAAGAGCCCGCCAGGACAGAGGACAUAUCUCGCGCGUCAUGGAGGAACACCUGAACCAGGCUGGAAACUCGUCCACGGACGGGUCGGGGUUCACAGAUCCCUCGACCAUCCUUACGGCUCUGGUGCUCGGUCUCCUGAUACUCGUCACCGUCGUUGGGAACCUGUUCGUGAUAGCGGCGAUCCUGCUCGAGAGGAACCUUCAGUCAGUGGCGAAUUAUUUAAUCGUCAGUUUGGCCGUCGCUGAUCUCAUGGUCGCCUGCCUGGUCAUGCCCCUCGGAGCAGUUUACGAGAUAAACGAGGGAUGGUCGCUCGGGCCUGAGCUUUGCGACAUGUGGACCAGCAGCGACGUUCUCUGCUGCACUGCCUCGAUAUUGCAUCUGGUGGCUAUCGCGGUCGACAGAUAUUGGGCAGUCACCGAUCUCAAUUAUAUACAGGCGAGGAAUCCACGGCGGAUCGGUAUGUUGAUCGUCACCGUCUGGGUGGUGUCCUUAGGAAUCUCGUUGGCGCCUCAACUUGGCUGGAAGGAUCCUGAUUAUUUGGACCGUAUAGCGAACGGAACGUGUCUGGUGUCGCAGGACCCCGCAUACCAGAUCUUCGCCACAUGCGCCACGUUCUACCUACCCCUGCUGGUUAUUCUAUUCCUGUACUGGAGGAUAUUUCAAGCGGCACGGAAGCGGAUCAGAAAGAGACCGGGGACUAUCGUGCAGCCACCUCGUGAAAGAAAAGGCAUCCUCAGACUCGUCACAAGAAGACCGAGGGAGGAGUCGACGGCGUUCACCAUAACGAGAUCCACGCCGGACCAUUCGUCGAUCUCGCCGGAGAAGUCGUCGUCGUACAACGGGGCGAACGCGACGCAGUCGACGACCGUCACGCCGUCAGCGAUAUCCACCACGACCACCACCACCACCACCACCGUGACGAACCCUUCGUGCAGCCACUCGACCUCUUCGAGCAAGAGAACGCGCGAGACGAUCGAGUCGAAACGCGAGAGGAAGGCCGCGAAAACGCUCGCGAUAAUCACCGGGGCGUUCGUGGUGUGUUGGUUGCCUUUCUUCUUGAUCGCGUUGCUUCGUGCCACGUGCGAGGUCUGCGAGCCAUCGAAUCUGAUAGCAAGCGUCUUCCUGUGGCUGGGCUACUUCAACAGCACCCUGAACCCUGUGAUAUACACAGUAUUUUCACCAGAGUUCAGGCAAGCCUUCAAGAGGAUGCUUUGCGGUGGUUCCAGGAUAAUUCGCUGACAGUGGAUUUAAAUUUCGAUCGUUUUAAGAACGCGACAGUGUGCCCGUGUGUGAGUGC